AUGUCGAGACAUACAAGGUGUUUGCAGUCGAAAGGCUCUCUCGGCUUGAUCAACAGUCACCAGUCAGUCUCGCAGGAGAUCAACGACAGGACCAACUGGUCGGAUUUGAAGACCAUACGCUACUCCGAUUUCGGGAAGAUCGCUAUUCCGAAGUCAGCAAAACCUCGACACGGACGAAGUAAUGUUGCAAGACGGCAGCAAAGUGAACUUGGCACAGCUAUACGCGAUGAGAUCAAUGACGAACAUGUGCGGACUAUCCUGGGGAAUGAUGACUAUUUGAACACAGUGAUGUUGACUGCAACAACGCGAGGAGAGGCCAACUUAGUUGAGCACCGACUAAAAGGCCAACGCAGACUUCCGCCGGGAACUAUCAACGCCUACCAAGUCGAUGUAGAGAAAAAAGCUGAGCAUUGUGUCAGCCAUAUUGUCGGCAAGCUCAUGAACUAUGGGUGUCUGCCUAGGCCUGACCACACGGUUCGCCUAACGCUUCGUGACGCGCACAAACGCAACUGGCGCAAAUUUGCCACAGCAUGCGCUGGAUGA